AUGUCCGUCAUCUACAAAGAGACGACCCGCGAGCGCGACUGGGACCUCCAGUCGCACGCCUCUCGCAAAGCCCCCUCCUCCGUCGUCCGCCGCUACCGUGUCUCCGACGACCACCCGUACGAUGACGAUCACUACGAGGAAACCCGCAUCGUUACCCGCGAGCGCGAGCGCGACUCCGACCCGACCAUUGUCCGCCAGCGCUACGUAGUCGACCGAGACGACGACCGCGCCUCCGGCCGCGACGUCCACGAGUACCGCUACGUCGAGCGCGAGGUCAACCGCCCUGCAUCGCCCCGCCACGACGUGCACGAAUACCGCAUUCAGCGUGACGUCAUCGAGCACUCGCCGUCGCCCCCUCGCGUCCGCCAGUACACCAUCGAACGCGAGAUCGACGAGGAGCCAAAGGAGCCUUAUGCACUGGAAAAGUAUUCCAAGUCUACCGAGUUCUUCUCACGUCCGUCGCCCCCGCCGCAGCCCAUCGUCAUCAGGCAGUCCAACCCGCAGCCCAUCAUCGUCCAGGAAGCUCCCGUCAGGCAGCAGAUCAUCUUGAGAAGGGAGGAGCCCCAGUACGAGAUCAUUGAGCGCUCCGAGGUGGACGAUCGCCAGGUCACCAAGCGUCCAGAUCCCCGCGAGGAUGACUACUAUUACGAGCGUAGAGUCCGCGAAGUCGACCACGGCCGCGGUUGGGAGGAAGACGACUACUAUGAGCGCAGCCGCACACGGCAUGCCGAGCACGACUGGCACAGCGACGACGAGUAUGAGUACAUCCGACGCACCCGGGAUGAGGAAUUCCGUGACAGCAGCCCGCACCAUCGCCGCCAUCUGGCUGAGGGCAUCGUUGCUGGCGUCGGCGCCGCCCAGUUGAUCCGUCACCAGCGCAGGAAAAAGGGCGAAGAUCCGGGCCAUGGAGUUCGACAGGCUCUUGGCUAUGGCGCUCUCGGUGCCGUUGGUGCGGAGGCUCUUUCUCGCGCUCGGAAGGAAUUCAGAUCGCGCUCCCGGUCCGAGGGACGUCAUCAUCACCAUCACCACCACAGGCGCGACAGGUCGCAUUCCAGGGGUCGCAAGGUAGCGGGCGUAGCUGCACUUGCUGCGGUAGGUGCGCUCGCGUACGCUGCUGGUCGUGGCCAGAAGGGAAACAACGUCGCCAACGUGGUCGAGCGGAGAAGCCGUUCUAGAAGGCGCCGCCACUCGGUCAGCGGAGCAAGUGGCGACGAGUUCAGCCCGUCGCCGUCGCGUUCUAGGUCAAGAAGCAAACACCGUGAUCCAGAGCACAAAAACAGGCGCAUGGCCCAAGCCGGUCUCGCUAGCGCUGCCGUGGCUGGCCUCGUCGAACGAGCUCGCAGCAGGUCUCGGAGCAGACGCGGUAAGAAAUCGCGCAGCCGCAGUCGGCUGAGGACCGGUGUUCCCAUCGCUGCCGCUGGCCUUGGUGGAGCGGCGCUUGCUGGACUCUACGAGAAGAACGCGGCCAAGAAAGAGGCCAAGGAAGAGCGCAUGUCACGAUCCAGAUCAAGAUCAAGAUCUAGGUCCAGCCGCAGCAGGAGCAGGAGUCGUUCCAGAGCGGUCGCCGAGGCAGCGGCGCUUGCUGGCGUUGCGGGCGUCGCCGCCCACGAAGCUGCCAAGAGACGAGAACGUAAAAAAGCAGAAAAGAAGGAGAGGAAGCGUGCAGAGGAAGAACGUCCGUUCAGCGAAGAGGGCUACAGCUCCCCUCUCCCGGCCGGCUACCCUCCUGAGCCUUUUCCUCCAGGGGCGUAUCCACCCGAGAACGGACGUUUCUAUCCGGAGAGCAACCAAUUCCCUCCUCCGCCGCAAGGGUACGAUCCGGCGAUGCAACAGCCCCCUUACGAGCCGGCACCUUUUGGCGGACCUGCUCCGUAUAAUCCAGCCGACUAUGGCCCUAAUCCCGGUCCUGCGCAGCCGUCUUACUUCCCUCAGCAACAAGCACCAUACUUUCCGCCCCCGCCCAGAGAGCCGCAGCCUGAGUUCCACGAAGACCGGGGCCAUCAUCGCGGAGAUGACAAUGUGAGUGCUCCGUCUGCUCCGUUUGCUCCGUCGUCGGUUGAGCAACCCUUUCUUGAUGGUCUAAGGACCGGGGCGACGAGUGAAGCAUCGCAACAACAGUCGCAAAAGUCCGAGAAAACCGUCCAAUUCGAUUUGCCAACCCCCGCACUAUCACCAGAACUGACCCGCGAACGCCCCCGGAAAAUCGAUGAUGACGAGGAAUAUGAGAUUGUAAAUUCCGACGAGAAUUCCACAGGAGACCGGCGACAAAAUAGACCGCCGCGCCCGCGCAAGUACGACGAAUACGAUGACCACGAUGUCGACGAUCAUGACCUUCACGAAUAUCGAAGUCCCCCAAAGCAUUCUCGCUCAAACUCCCGGAGCCGAUCAGAUUCGCCUUCUUCUAUUUCGUCCGGCGAGACGGUCGAACUUCCACCACGUUUUGACCCGAAUGGCCGGCCCGUACCGCAGCGUGGCGAGGACCCGCUCGCUGACAAGUUGGAAGACUUUCUCGCUGGGCGCAACUCAGCAGGGAAGAUGUUCCAAAAGCUCACGGGUGAUCUUCUGGGUUCAGGAGGCGCAAGCGGAAGUCGGAGUGGCGGAAGAGGGCGGUAG